GGACGUUGGAGAAAAAGCUGGUCCCCAAAAGCAAAACAUGUUCCCAAACUUGUUCCCCUAGCAGAUGAUUCAAAGGUAUAGAUUAUAUAACAAUUCACUAACUCCUGAAACGAGAUCAAUUCUCAUUCCCAUUCUAAUUCCCAUCCCAAUCCCAAUUCUCCCAACGAGAUCUCUCGGUGCUGAGUUCCCAGUUCCGCGGACCGGCUCAGGGCUGGGGAGGCAACCCGUUGGCAGCCUCUGGUGGUCCACCCCAGGCCGCCCUUUCGAAGAACCGCAUUGGCAUCAAGUUCUUCUCCGACACCGCAGCACAGUUCUUCCCUUCCUACGCUCGGAACUCUGAGUUCAUCGACAAGUUCAUGGAGGUGAUGAUGACGUAUAAUGCAUACAUGAACGAGCUCGAAUGCUGGAAGAAUCAGGACACGGACUACGUUGCACUGUCUCAUGCCAACUUGAACGUUGACAAUGCUUACUACUGGAGAGACGAGGCUGGCAAGCUGCUGUGUGGCGUGCUGGAUUGGGGCGGUUUCGGAGCGAGUUGCUUGGGCCAUAAGCUCUGGUGGUACUUCAACUGCUCGGAGUUCGAGAUGCUGAAGGACGACUUUGAGCACUUCAUGACGACCUUCGUGGACGCGUACCGUGACUCGGGGGGUCCGCGCAUCAACGCGAAGACGCUGGAGCGAAUGGUGAGACUCACCUGCUUGCAGAAUCUGUCUGUCAUGGUGGCUGCUGUGCCGGAUUGCUUGCGACAGAUCCCAGAGCAGGACUGGGCCUCGGUGAAGGACCGAAAGGACCAGCGCAUUGAGGAGAAUUUGGGUGGAAAGAGCACCUUGAGGACCACUUUGCGAGCGAUGGAUAAUGGUCUACGGAUGAUUGAGGAAAUGAGAGUUGAUGCAGAUUUGCAGUGGUUUAUUGAUGAGAUCUGGGUUGGAACGAUGCACCAACAGCCCAAAACUCGAGAGAUGAUUUUUGGCGAAGAAGGAGCUGCAAAGUGAUCUUAACGAACUUCCGCCGAACCCAGAGAUUGUAGCUGCUUGGAUGAUCGUCACGCUCAAAUGGUUUGCAUGCCUGGUCUACUGAUUGUAGCAAGGUGUUGGAAUUGCUUUGGAGGGGAUAUCCC